GUAUGUUCAACGUGGCGGUUGUAUCGGUUCGACGAUUAAUUAACAGCUUAUAAUUCAUUAUGAUUCUCUUUGCUGUGCUACCCUUGAUGUUGGUAGUAUUAUGUACAAAUUGUGCAUUCUCAGAAGUCACACAAUCAACAAAUUCUUAUUUGUCUAUGGCUGAUAGAGCACGUUUGAAAAAUAUUCUUGAAACGGGAUUUCAAUUAGACGAUGUACCUUCGGUAUAUUACACUGUCAGUGGAUACAAAUUACUUGGACAAACUAUACCGAAAGCUGAUAUCAUUUGCAAGUACUUAAUAAAGUUCAAUGGAGAAAACAUCACACCUGAAACGGCAUUUUAUCUUAUCUCCACAUGGAAAACUAUUGGGGAAAACUAUUGCCAAGAGUUUUCUAUAAGUACUGUGACAAAGAUAUUGACUAAUAUUAUACAGAAGGACACUUCUACACUGUCUGAUUUGUAUUAUGCAGUGAGUGGGUUAACAGCUUUAUCACAAAAGAUACCAUCUGCCAGGAUUGACAAAUUAGUGAAAUUAAUUCAAGUAACUUUGAGGAAAGAUGAUAGUCUAUGGAACUUGGGAUACGUGUUCCACAUUGCUGCAGACAUAGGUACCCCAGCAGCAUUUGCUUUUGAUCGUAUUGAAGAUGCUAUAGUACAAGCAGACGAAGUCGAUGGUCAAUACCUGCAAUUUGAAGGCGGUCUUUCUAUAACAAGCUUCCUUAUUAAUGGAAUUCUUAAAUUAUCAACUUCAUUGAACAAAAAACCGCCAUUAAACUUCCAACAGACUGUCAAACUGGGCAAUUAUCUUCUCUCGCGGCGUUCCGUGCAAACGAUAAAAGGUGUUACAAAUUUGCUGUCUGCUUUAACUACUUUGGCAGUUGAUAGUUCUGAAAAACCAAUUUGCAUAACCCUAGCCGAUGGAGGAAUCAUUAUAUAUAAUAAACAACCAUUAGUUACGGUUAAAGUUUGUGAUAUUCUUGGUCAAGCAUUGCCAACUGUGCCCAAAGUCGUUGCAAAUUCUGCAACACGAGUAGGAGACGAUGUUGUUAUUCUCAGCAACGAGAAUUUGCCAUCUACAAUGGAUAAGACUCUGUUUACAAUGAACCUGAUGAAUGUAAAACCUGAUCGCGGUUUUUACAAGAUAUUAGUAACCGCGGCUUCGGUCAAGAAUACAAUUACAGUGAAAGUCUUAUCUGAAGCAAUAUUGGACUACUUAGAGAUUGGUACUGGUGAUGCCGAUCAGACAACUCAACCAAAACUUACGAGGAUAAACACAGAAUCUUCCUCAGGCAAGCUUGAACAUAAAAUAGAAGCUGAUUCUCAGCAAAAACUAGUUAUGCGAUUUUUGUUACGUGAUUCCGCCAAUAAAAAACCAAUGCGUGUGCAUCAAGCCUUCGUGCGCCUUACAUCUAUUUCCACGUCUAUUAAUAAUAAACGAGGCCAUGAAAUCUUUUUCGUUGCUGAACCUGAUGCUACUCACAUUUAUAAAUUUGACAUGCCGGUCGGAACAGCAGCUGUAAAUUUCGAUCACCAAAGUGGAGAAUAUAACAUGGAAUUAAUUAUUGGUGAUGCUGUGAUCAGCAAUCCGUUCCAGUUCAAUAUUGGCAAAGUAACUCUGAAAUUUCCCGAGCCGACUUCAAUGGAAGGUGCUGAUAAGAAUAUCUCUUAUAAGCAAAAACCAAAUGUGUAUACAACUAAACCGGAAAUAAAGCAUAUGUUCCGCGAGCCUGAACGAAGACCUCCUGCAUUUGUAUCAAAUUUAUUCACAGGAUUAUGCUUGGCACCAGUUUUACUGUUGUUGAUUUUAUGGACUCGACUCAGUGUCAAUAUUUCAAACUUUCCCUUGUCUCUCAGCGCGAUUACAUUCCAUCUUGGAUUAGGAGGCAUCUUUGUGCUGUUCGGUAUUUUCUGGUUGAAGCUUAAUAUGUUCAUCACGCUGCAAUAUCUCCUUGGUUUUGGUAUUGUUACAUUCCUCGCUGGUAAUAAGAUGCUAUCUCAGAUAGCACACAGGCACAAAUCAAUACGUUAAUUUAUACUCUAUAGUGUGAAAACUUUGUCGCAGUUGGCAAUUUAAAGUGAAUAAUAAAUACCAAACUACCAUCGAUAAGUUUAAAAUGGC